UGAAAAUUCUGCCGCGUCGGUUGUGUGCCCAGGCGCACGAACAGAACUUUUCCAGGCCGACAUUUGCCGACGGCGUCGGUUGAGCAUAACGCGCAAACAAACUAUAAAUUUUAUGAGCCCAGCUUAGCCACACUUAAUGGAAUAUUUCAACCGAAUGUGGAAUAGAACAUGGCGAAUUUAGUCAAAAUGCGUGCAAUUAUUCAACGCCUGACAACCAAUUAAUUGGCAAAAGAGUGCGGCGCGGCGGCAGGCAACAUUGAGAACAAACGGGAGAACAAACAGCUCGCGGCAACAAGUCGAGAGGCCCACAAAAAGUUAGGCAGGCAAACUGUCGAGCCGGUUAACGCCUCCCAAGUGCAUCAACAAACAGCAAACAGAGCGGCAGAGUGGCGGCAGCGGCAGCGACAGCGGCAGCGGCCACAAAAACUUGACCGAUUUUUCAAUCAAUUCGGCGACGGCCGUGUCGCUAAUCUCGCCCAGAGAGCCCCCUCCCCCCCGCCGUUUACAAUCGCCAUCGAAAUCGCGAUGAUUUAUGCAGGUUAUUUGGAAAUUUCCGACAGAAUUCCAGAGCAUAUAUAUUCACGACUUAUACAUAUUUGAUAUGUAAACCACGAAUCGUGUAAACAAUAGAGUAAACAUUCCACAGGCCGGCGAUAUUGGAGGAAUUCGCUCCGUUUGACUUGACUAUUCGUGGGCGUGUGCAUAUUGACAUUGACCCCCCACCGGCGGUACGGUGUGCCACACAAAUUCGCUGUUCUGGAUGGAGACAGAGUGCGGGUGCCGUGGCCCACGAGACGAGAACGGAUCAGCUGGAGCAGCGGCAUCGGCAGUGGCAGCGCGACGAGGAACAGUCACAGGCACAGGCCCCGGCCCACAGUCAACCACAGCAGCCACGACAACAACAUGGCCAUAAGGGAACAGCAACGAACAAACUGUAGUUCAUGGUUACAACAACCCAACAAACUGCUGCUAUUGGUGGUGAACACGGAUAUACAGCCAUCUGAAAAGUACCGCCAUGAAUGAGACAGAGUGCGAGGAUCUCAUCAAAUCUGUGAAAUGGACGGAACCAGCCAAUCUGAUCUCCCUGGCCAUACUCGAGUUCAUCAACGUUCUGGUCAUUGGCGGCAACUGCCUUGUGAUUGCCGCCGUCUUCUGUUCGAACAAGUUGCGCAGUGUUACCAACUUCUUUAUCGUUAAUUUGGCUGUGGCCGAUCUACUGGUGGGUCUAGCGGUGCUGCCCUUUUCCGCCACCUGGGAGGUGUUCAAGGUCUGGAUAUUCGGCGAUGUGUGGUGUCGCAUUUGGCUGGCCGUCGAUGUCUGGAUGUGCACCGCCUCGAUUUUGAAUUUGUGUGCCAUAUCCCUGGAUCGGUAUGUGGCGGUCACGCGACCCGUCACCUACCCAAGCAUCAUGUCAACGAAGAAGGCCAAGUCCUUAAUCGCUGGCAUUUGGGUACUCUCAUUUGUUAUUUGCUUUCCGCCCCUUGUCGGCUGGAAGGAUCAAAAGGCCGUUGAACAGCCGACCUAUUCGCGGGGAAACUAUACGCUUUUCUAUGCCACCACGAUGUCAAGCACAGAGGAUGGUCAACUAGAGUUAGAUAGCAUUAAGGAACAGGGCGAACAGCUGGAGAGCUCCGCCCACACUAGCAAUGGCAACGCCUACAAUCCCUACGAUCCCGACUUUGCCCCCAUCGAUGGCUCCGCCGAGAUACGGAUAGCAGCCAUGACGACCCCAAGCACCAGCACCACCACCAGUACAUCGUCCCCUAGUCUGGCCACCACCGAAAUGGAGUACAACGUGCAGAACAGACCCCAGACAACGCCGGGCAGCUGCCCGUGGAAGUGCGAGCUGACCAACGAUCGCGGCUACGUACUGUACUCUGCCCUGGGAUCGUUCUACAUACCCAUGUUCGUGAUGCUCUUCUUCUACUGGCGCAUCUACCGGGCCGCCGUGCGCACCACGCGGGCCAUCAACCAGGGCUUCAAGACCACCAAGGGCAGUCCCCGGGAGUCGGGUAACAAUCGCGUCGACGAGUCGCAACUGAUACUGCGGAUCCACCGGGGACGUCCUUGCAGCACACCGCAACGCACCCCGCUCUCCGUGCACUCCAUGUCCUCGACUCUGAGCGUGAACAGCAACGGAUUAGGUAGCGGAGGCGGAGGUGGAGCUGGCGAGGAUCAUCAUCAGUCCAUCCCGCAGACGGGCACGCCCAAGCGAGCCACCUCGAUGCGGGUCAGUCGCCAACGACCCGAGAAGGUGGCCAUCAAGGUGUCCUUCCCCUCGUCGGAGAACGUCUUGGAAGCACAGAGAACGUCAGGCCAGCAGCCUCCACACUCACCCCACUUUGCGGUCAUCAGCAGCUCCAACGGGCGACGGGCCUCCUUCAAGACCAGCCUCUUCGACAUUGGGGAAACCACCUUCAAUCUGGACAACACGGCCCAGUCGGCCACGGACUUGGAGAGCGGUAAUGCGUCUGCUUCGACGGCAGCCAAGAAGCAGCGGGCGGGCAAGCGCAGUGCAAAGUUCCAGGUGAAGCGUUUCCGCAUGGAAACCAAGGCGGCCAAAACGCUCGCCAUCAUCGUGGGUGGCUUCAUCGUCUGCUGGCUGCCCUUCUUCACGAUGUAUCUGAUACGGGCCUUCUGCGAGAGCUGCAUCCAGCCGACGGUCUUCUCGGUGCUCUUCUGGCUGGGCUACUGCAAUUCGGCAAUCAAUCCGGUGAUCUAUGCGCUCUUCUCCCACGAGUUCCGCAUCGCCUUCAAGCGCAUCGUCUGUCGCUGUGUGUGCACGAGGAGUGGCUUCCGGGCCUCGGAGAACUUCCAGAUGAUCGCCGCCAGAGCUCUGAUGGCUCCAGCCACAUUCCACAAGACCAUUUCCGGCUGCUCGGACGAUGGCGAUGCCGUGGACUUCAGCUGACUAAUCGGUAGCUAUGAGACGAGCUCGGGACCGGGUCCGGGUCCGGGUCCAAGUCCGCUUCAGCGCACAUCCUCGCUGCCGCAGGACUCCAGCGAUGUGGGGCUAGGGGACGAGGGGUCUGGCAGCACCCGGCGGAUACGGCGCGGCGGCUUCUGCAAGGGGCGCGUUCUCUGAAGGGGCAAUGCAUUUCGAUUUUUGAUACUUUUCGACUUUUGUAAACGUCGCGAGCAGCAGUAUCCCGCCAGCAUCCCACUAUACAAAUUGUCAGUAUUCGCAUUGAACGACGUUGUAACUGUAUGGCAAUAAUUUUCAUGUAUUUACCUAGAUCUAAGACUAUGUUAAACUACUUACUAUAUGAGAUACUCGUACAGAUACAUAACUACUUAUAACUAUUCGUAUGAGGCACAAGAUACAAGAUACACGAUAAAAGCCGACUAGCCGUAAGCAGCCCAUUGUUUUCAGUUCUGUUGUGUACAUGUGUUAGGCGCAAGGACAAAACUCUCAUCAAAUUAGUUACAUAACAGAUAUAUAUAUAUAUAUAGGCAUAUGUGUAUGUGUGUGUGUAUAGCAGCUGUGUGUGUGUAAGUCAACUGCAGUUGCAAUAAAAACGACAGCAGAGAAAAACAAAUCGAAAUAAAUACAAAUAAAGAAUACAAAAGCCAAGAACAAGUGCCGACAACGAAAUGACCAGAAAUUGGCAAAAUGCCGGGUCUAUCAAGGUAGCGACAGCCGGUCUGUGUGGGAAGUGCCCUGAGGCCCGCGACCAAAGACAUUCCGAAUCAUCAAAAGAGAAGUGAAGCCACCAUACACCACACCAAAGAUGAAAUACCUUCUCAAUAUACAGUCAAGCUGCUAUCUGCAGAGGGACUUGUUAGCCUCCUACCAGCAUCGACUGGGAACACACACAAAAAUUAAUUAUAUUUUUAAGCACAUAGCCGUUCAAGCUUUGUUCUUCAUUCUACCGGCUUUAAACGUAGUGUUGAGAAUUUGUCAUUUAACGCUUUCCCUCCUCGCAACACACAUGAGUGGGCUCGGUUUCCUUUGACCCAUAUGGUCUGGUGCUCUUCGACAUCAAUGACACUCCGUCUUGUCCACUGGAUAGCAUCGAGUCAAGAGAUUCGAUAUUAAAUUGCUCGAAGAGUACCUCGGGGCAUAAGCUAACAGAUUGGCUAAGAGCAAGAAGUGGGCUUAAAGCUAUCGCUGAACAAUAAAGCUGCUUUUUAUUCUUCAAAAGCCAAGGCAGGAGCAACAGCAGAAUCAGGAGUUGGGAAUGGGAGGGGGAGAAUCUCUGAUUAUUCAUUACUUGUCGCCGGUCGAGUACUCGUAAUGAAAAUGUAUUCAGCAGUUAAACGUGCGUAUGAGUAAUAAAUGCAGAGCAAGCGAUGGCUGAGGCAUAUGGUGCACUAGGGGUGCGAUGAUUAUGCAAAUGGCUGUGUGUGUGUGUGUUAAUGAAAUAAAGUUCACUUUGAAGGCGGCUUAACGGCGACUACACGUCAUGCCGUCAGGAUACCAGGGGUUCGGGGGGAAACGGCACUACUCGUACAACAUCGUUGAGUGCUUGUCGCGUUUAUGGGAAAACAUUUGCAUAAUUACGCGUUUAAUUUGCUAAAGUGCAGGCUGGAUGGCAAUGGCUGGCUGCCCCUUUGGCAGAACGCCAGGCCUGACACCCGGCGCUCGACGCCUUCGACGAGAAGUGCGUGCAGGACGUGACACGGGGCGUAUGAGCGAUAUUGAAUAUGUGAGGGGUAGCAAAAAAUACAACAC